AUGACGAGGAAUUUCCGUGCCACAUGCGGGGUUGGGCUGCCACGGUGGAUUGAGAGGGCCCCGAGAUGGGUCUCGACCCAGUCCAGCUGGAUUGGUUACGUGGCAGUUUGUAAUGACAGGGAGGAGAUUGCUAGGCUGGGAUGGCGUGACGUGGUCAUCGCUUAUAGGGGUACUGCCAUGUGUUUGGAGUGGAUUGAAAAUUUGCGUGCCACGUUGGCAUGCUUACAUGAACAUAUGGGUCCCAAAGACGGUAGCCCUAUGGUGGAAAGCGGAUUUUUGAGCUUGUACACGUCACAAACUGUCACAUGUCCAAGUCUACGCGAUACAGUGAAGGAAGAAGUAAAACGAAUCCUCCAAUCAUACGGUGAUGAGCCCCUAAGCAUUACAAUUGUAGGCCAUAGUCUUGGAGCUGCACUAGCUACUCUCACCGCUUACGAUAAAACCACCACUUUCGAUAACCCACCGUUGGUCACAGUCGUUUCAUUUGGUGGACCACGUGUCGGGAAUAGAAGUUUCCGGUCUCAAUUAGACAAAAGUGGAACCAAGAUUCUCCGCAUCGUGAACUCGGGUGAUCUCAUCACUAAAUUACCAGGUUUUGUGAUCGACAACAAUGACAUGGCAGACGGCAAACCUGUCCAAGUUGCAGGGCUACCAAGCUGGCUUCAAAAGCACGUCGAGGACACACGAUGGGUAUAUGCUGACGUGGGAAGAGAGCUUAGACUCAGUAUUAGGGAGUCCCCCUACCUCUCCAAAAGAAACAUCGCCACGUGUCAUGAUCUUAAGACGUACCUCCACUUGAUCAACGGUUUUGUGAGCUCCACGCGUCCUUUUAGAGCAACUGCAAAGAGGGUGUUAGAAAGAAGGCAUAAAGAAGAACAGCUACAAUUCAAAUGA